AUGUCUCAUAACCGCAUCUCCUUGCUUAGCCCAGGAGCUUUCCAUAACAUUACUAGUCUACGAUACCUGGACCUCUCUUCCAACAAAUUGCAAGUAGUGGGGAAGUAUCACUUCCAGGAUCUGCAAGCCUUGGAGGUGCUCCUGAUGUACAACAACCGUCUUACACGUGUGGAGAGCAACACUCUAAUGGGUCUAAGCAAUCUUAGAAAGGUUUACUUCAGCCUGAACCAAAUCACAGACUUCCCGUUCUUCUCGAUUCGCAAGCACAGCCACCCCAGUCUGGUAACGCUGGACCUCUCUUCAAACCGCCUGUUUCGCUUGCCAAUGGAUGACAUUGUGCUGUUGCCUGUCGCUGUGCAAAAAGGCCUGUACCUGCACAACAACAGCCUGGAGUGUGAUUGCUCUCUAUACCGCAUGUUUUGGCACUGGGAACAGAAGGGCUACCAAAGUGUGAAAGACUACAAGGAUAACUACAAGUGUCUGAUGUACGGUGAGCCUCAAGUCUCGAUUAAUUUCAUGCGCUCUUUGCAUUUCUUUGAGAAUUGCACAGUUGGGAAGAUGAUAUCCCUGAUAUCCCCGAAGGCUGAUAAAGUUGUUUACGAGGGUGAACAAGUGCGGUUGGACUGUACGGGGACACUAAACGGAGAAGACCUGUCCUACAGCUGGAUUAUUCCUCACCAAGAGAACAUCUCGUAUCUGAUCCAGAACGGGACUCUACGUCUCAAUCAAGAUGGUAGCUUGGAUAUUCUUGCCGCCCAGUCUGUAGAUUCAGGGAUUUACCAGUGUACUGCUGUCGAUAACACAAGGAUGAUCAAUGAAUCCCGAGAAGUGAACUUAACUGUGGUAGCCCAGCACUCCACAGAGGAGACAUUCAACACCGGCUACACCACUCUUUUAGGCUGUGUUGUGACCCUUGUCCUGAUAUUGAUGUAUUUGUAUUUAACCCCAUGCCGUUGUGGUUGCUGCAAACCUCCUCCUCCAUCUCCAGCCAUCUCAUCCUUUGGGGAAAACCGCUGCAAUCUGGCCUCUAUAUUUGCUGCUCCCUCAACCGAUCGGCUGAAAAGCAAGUCUCAGUCCGACAGGCACGUAGUGUUCCUUGAGCCACUCAUGGCUGGGAAAAAUGGCCAUCCAAAAGCUGCAUUUGUUGUUGAACAGCCAGCAAUUGAAUGGGACACUGAAAACUUCACGAUUUUUAGAGAAAGAAAUGACUUCGAGUAG